CUCGGCAUGGCAAGUCUCAGAGCAUGUCGAGCUGCAUUCAAACAGCGAGGCACUAAGUGUAGCAGUAUGUGCCCCCGCUACAGCGAUUCUGAUGUGAAGAUAUUGAAUUCCACAUCUGCGUUAGAGCAGGAACGAGUCGAUGGAUUGUCAAUGAGCGUUGAUUUUCCGCAGUGAUCGUGUCAGGUGUCUCCGUGUGCUCAAGCAUUGUGCUGGGCGAGGUAGACUAUUAAAGGGGAGCAAAGAUGAGAUACUGAUCGUUGCACAGUUACAAUUGCGGGACCCCACAAGCACAGGGCUGCGUACCGAGCAGUGCCAGCACAGUGCCUGGUAGUGGGCAGCGGAGGUCGGGAUUCGUCAAUGCAGUGCCAGUGGUAGUCAAGGACAUUCGAAAUCUGAAGCACAGUGAGCGAGCGCCGACUCCAGCCAUGAAGUUCUCGCACUGCGUCACCAAAUCUGUGCUACCGUUGCUUGUGUUGAUGGUCGCGUCCACUCUACUCAGCACAGGUACUGCCUACCCAGACGAAGACGGGAUGCCUCUGCGAGGCCGCUUUUCCUCGACGCCGUUUGGCCAACACAUAGGCCGCAAACUUCUCAAUAUCAACUUCUGCGUUGAUGUGAUCAGACCGAGGGGAAGUUUCCCAGACUACGACUGCGACAGGAAACUAAGGUUCGCUAAAACCCCACGCUGCUGCGUCACGAAUCUCAACAACAGGCUCUGCUUUGACGUUAGCAAUCUGGAAGACAGGUGUGGGUCCUGCACCAACAAAUGCAGGUUCGGCGAAAAAUGCUGCGACGGAGUUUGUGCGAAUUUGCUAACCAACAACAGGCACUGCGGUGGUUGCGACAAACGGUGCUCGAACAACCAGCCUUGCAGGUUUGGUAUGUGCGGCUACGGUUCCCAAGGUCACACGAAGCCACCAAAACACGACUGAGCCACUCCCCACAUCCGAUUAUUCCCGUGACUCCUUGCCCCCUCUCUCUUUCUCUCUCUCGUCAUCGAUCUUUCGUAACCGAACUGCAGGCAUCAUCGAGCAACGUCGAUAGUCCAGAACUAGGCUGUCAUGUGAAGAUCUAGUUCAAGCAAGGCAUCAGAGACUCUGGUCCGGCGACUGAACUUUCGAUUAGAAUUGAGCCGAUGUUCGGUGAGUACUGUGGCAGGUUAGAACCAUCGAUGUGAAUCUCAUUAAGUAGGCUUCUAUCCACUUAUAAUCACUAUGUUAAAUGUGCGAGUCUUGAACCAGCAUUGUAAUGCACAUAGUUUCGCCUCAUGUCCCUAUUGAAUAAAAUUAUUAAUUUUUCUGAUUUCUGCUCC